AUGGAACCUUAUAUAUUUUUUGUUAUAAAUUUUGUUUUUUGUUGGAAUCGUUGGCCGGGGGACCCAGCAAGGAGGACCUGUCUUUCGCGUACCCCCGGGUCGUCGCCGCUCACGAGGACUCCGCGCGUGCUCCUCCAGCUGACCGUGUCCUCCCGCAGCAUCGACUACUUGGUCUACAAGGCAAGGGCCGUCCAGCCGCCGUCUCUGUCGCUGCUCCCAACUCCGCGCUCACCAGGAAGGCCAUCGGCAUCCUGCGCCGCCGCGGCGAGGGCGCGUUCGCCGUGGCCGAGCUCCGCACGGCUGGUGGCGUUCGAGCUCUGCGUGCUGCUCUCGCUGGGCCCGGGGCCGUCCGAGUCUGACAAGUGGGAGUUGAGGCACGUGAAGGUCCGCGACGGCAGGGGCAAGGACAUGACGCUGCAGUGCUGGGAGACGGAUGCCGCCGUGCCCGUCGGCGGCCGGUUCCUGUGCUGGGUGGACUGUUACCGUGGCAUGCUGGUCGGCCGCGUGUUCGCUGACGGCGGCUCCGCGCUCACGUACGUGCCGCUGCACGUCGACACCCUUGGGCGAAACCCGACCACGGCCAGGAGUGCCCCGAGGCGUCGCGGAGCGUCUGCGUCACCGCCGGCGACACGGUGAAGUUCGUCAGCGUCGAUCGCGGCCUUCUGUUCGUCUUCACCUUCACCAUCUGGACACUGGGCAAGGCGCGGGACGGCAGCAUGAAGUGGGAGAAGGACGUCGACUUCCGUGCCGCCGAGCUCUGGGCCUUCUCCGGCUACGAGCACCUCCCGUGUGUUCCCGCCGGAGUACACCGUCGUGAGCAUGGUCGACCCCGACGCCCUGUGCUUCAUGGUGACUGGUGAGCCAGGGACGCCACGCUGGCAUCGAAGCCGGGGGAGACAACACGGUGUGGCUGGUCGAGGUCGACACGAGGCGCAGAGCGGUGCGGUCAGUGUCCCGCCACUCCAAAGAAGAGACGAGGAACAUGUCAGGGCGUGCCUUCCACGACGAGGUGAACGACGACGACGCCGAUGGCGGCCUCCCUAAACAUGUUUCAUGGCCAUGCCUUCCUUCCCAGCGAGGUCACCACGUACGUACACGAGCUGUAGUCACACUUGCUCGUCCUCCAUGGCAUAGAUAGGCUUUACAUAUUAUUUUUGGGGCGAUGCUCUGCGCCGGCGCGCAGGCCGGAAGAUUCGGCCGGUUGCGCGCGAGCUGCCCGAUCUGUCAGUAGGCGGGACAUGCAAUAUUUUUCUCUUCGAUGCAAUA